UGUGGACACGUUCACGAAAUGCCCAUCACUUAAAAAAAAAAGAAAAUCAAUCCAAUCAACAUUCAAAAAAAAUUUGUUCUAGAUAAAAACAUCAUAACCCAAAAAUGGCUAAAGGUUUUGGUGUGAAGUUACAGAGUCUGCUGCCAAAAUUGGCGGGCAUUUAUCCAUUUUCAGCCCCAGUUCAAUGUUGUUCAAAGGCUCAAAAUUCAAUAAGUGUUGGUAAGAGGAGAGCAAUUCGGUGCAGAAAUAUUCAUCGUAGACUUGUCUUGGGGAUUGGGAUAUCGUUGUGGUCUCAGUUCAUGAGUAUGGCUGACAAUAUCGGUGCUAAAUCCUUUGUGGCUUCUGCAAGACAGAAGGGUGCAAUUGAACAGGUUUUGAAGAAUGUUGAAUGGCCAGAACAAUUUCCUUUCAAGGAUGAAGAUUUCCAGCGGUUUGAUGAAUCAUCAGAUACAUUAUUCUAUGAAAUGCCGCGUUUCGUGACACAUAUUGAUGAUCAAGCUAUUGCUGCACUUACCAAGUAUUACUCAGAGGUCUUGCCUUCCAGUAACACUCCAGGAGUAGCAGUACUUGAUAUGUGCAGCAGUUGGGUCAGUCAUUACCCUGCUGGAUUCAAGCAAGAAAGGAUAGUUGGAAUGGGUAUGAAUGAAGAAGAGCUUAAACGAAAUGCAGUUCUAACAGAGUAUGUAGUUCAAGACUUGAACGAUAAUCCUAAGCUCCCAUUUGGAGACAAUACUUUUGAUGUUAUAACCAAUGUGGUUAGUGUAGAUUAUUUAACGAAGCCUCUUGAUGUUUUCAAAGAAAUGUCGCGUGUACUGAAACAUGGUGGACUUGCAAUUAUGAGUUUCUCGAACCGCUGCUUUUGGACAAAGGCUAUCUCGAUAUGGACAUCAACUGGAGAUGCGGAUCAUGUUAUGAUAGUUGGGUCUUAUUUCCAUUAUGCUGGUGGAUUUGAACCUCCACAGGCUGUGGAUAUAUCUCCUAAUACUGGACGCUCAGACCCCAUGUAUAUAGUCUAUUCCAGGAAGAUAGCGACAGCCUGAAAUUCAACGCUCGUUCAGCUAGAUAACAUUUUCCUUCCUGAAAUGUGAUCACCAUCCCGUUUUAACUUAUCAUAACUUGAUGGAGUUGUGUAUAUUUUAACUUGACGACAAGUUUUGAGGAAAGAAACAAGUCCAGCAUCACACAUCACCUAAUUCAAGAUGCCAUCUAGUUUUAACAAUUAUAACUUCAUUAAGGGUGUGUUUUGAAUGAGAGAAAUAUUUUUCAAUUU